GAAUUCAUCGAAACCCGGGGAGGUCAUAAUGGAAAACGGAUUUUAUAAGGUUUGGUUCACUGAGCCCGAAAUCGGUCCAUGUUAACGUAUAGACAAUUAGGCAGGGGCAGGUUGGUGACCCGUCAGAGCGAGAACGAGCUACAGAGAGAGAGACAGAGAGAGAGCCGUCGUCGUUUUUACGCUUCCGUCUUCUCAUUUCGAGUGAGAGAGUCAGAGCUGUAAAGAAAAAAGGGUAAAAAAGAGAAGGAUCCCAAUACCAACAGAUCUUUCGAUCAACGAAGCAAAUCGAACAACAAGACGAAUAAGAGAUGUUACCAACGGUCAGCAAAACGCGUCCGUCGUCCUCCACAUCUCGACCUAAUCCCAUGUUCCCUCAGUACCUCCGUCGAAUUGUCAAGUGGCAACAAAUGGAUAUUGAAUACACAUUCUGGCAAAUGCUUCACCUCUGUACCGCACCAAAGGUCGUCUAUCAGCACACAAAGUAUCACAAACAAACCAAGAACCAGUGGGCACGUGACGACCCUGCUUUUGUUGUGAUCUGUAGUCUUCUUUUGGCAGUUGCAGCAGUAGCUUAUUGUGCCGCGUAUGAUCAUAGUGCUGCUCAUGCUGUUUUUGUAGUUAUUUCAGUAUUGCUUUUCCAUUUUUUACUUGCUGGGGUAUUUCUGGCUACUUCUUGUUGGUCCCUAACAAAUGCUUACCUUCGGGAAGAGGCUCCAAACAGUCAUGUGGUUGAACAACGGGUUGAAUGGCUGUAUGCAUUUGAUGUGCACUGCAAUUCUUUCUUCCCAAUGUUUGUAAUGCUUUACGUAAUACAUUAUUUUCUGUCACCUCUUCUGGUAGCCCAUGGUUUUAUACCUGUACUGCUGUCAAAUCUGCUUUUCAUGGUGGCAGCUUCUUACUAUCACUACCUCAACUUUUUAGGUUAUGACGUACUUCCCUUUUUGGAGAGAACAACAUUUUUUCUCUACCCAAUUGGAGUCGUAAUUGUUCUCUCUCCUAUCUUGAUUUUAGGUGGCUUCAAUCCUUCAAGAUAUUUUAUGAACAUAUACUUUAGCCAAAGGUUAUGAAUUGUCUAACCCUUCAGAAUAGCACGAAUUGUAAGAUGAGUGACUAGUUUGGAGAAUGCGAUGGAUGUUAGAGGUCCAAAGGGAGAAAAUGCAGCAAAAAGGAGAAAAGGAGAGAAAGGGUGAAGCGAGCACCUCAACCUGAAGGAGGCUUUGUAGCCUUCUUCAUAUGUUUUUCUUUUCUUACCAUCUGGAGCAGAAGUCAGAACCAAAUGAAGUUAGGUUAGAAAAUGAUUUUUCAGUGAUCAAAGAUGAUUGAUCAAAUGGAGCUAUUGAAAUGUAAUGAUUUUGACCCUCACCGAAUCUCUUUGUUUUCUUUAUUAAUAUAAUAUUUUGUUCUAUCAAAAAA